CCGUUGCUUUCCUUACCAUCCUGUGAGGCUUCCCCCCACCUCCCCUCCCCGGUUCCUAAAGAGAUUUCCUGCUCCUGAGGCCCCUCCCGGCAGCGACCCUCAUCUCUGCUGGUGUCACCCAGGACCGUGUUGUGGCCCUCGGUGCUGGCUGGGUGGUUGUGGCCACAUGAGCCCUAUUCCCGAAUGUCUGCCUGGCCUCAUUCUUCCUGAUAUCCAGUUACAGAUAAAUUCCAUUAUAUUUGGAGCUAAGUAGAUUCCUCGUCUGACAUGCAUUUUUUCCCUUUACUUAAGGCCCAUUGCGGAGACUCUUUAGGAGCUGCAAUAUGCUGUCCUAAUGGAUCCUUAGCAUCAGCCCUUUUGUGCGAGUGCCAGAGAGCUCUGCAAGGCAGUGCUGCUGGCUGUGGGACUGCCAGCCUGUGCCUCCUCUCACCUGCACAGGGUGAGCACAGCACAGAGGCAGGGAGAGCUGCCAGCACAUCCAGGGUGCUGCAGCCAUGUUCUGAGAGCUUCAUCCAGUUUUGAACUGCGGUGUCCAUUCCCAGAGCAAAGCAGGUGCGACUGAAAGGCUGCUCAGCUGUUUAAAUAUGUGCUCACCAUCUUCCAACCCUUUUCUGACCACAGAAAAGCCAUCGGAAGCCCCAUUUAGCUGUGACUGGCCUGGGGGACAGAGUGACACAGAUGCUUUUUGAAUAGGAUGAAGGGCUGAGCAAGGAGAAAGCAUUUUCCAGUCACCUCAUCUCUGUCAGUGCCACCUCACCGCCAUCCAACCAUGCUAUGCCCUUCUGCAAAAGCCCAGCAAGCACCAGGAGCUCAGUUUUCAACAGGGUUGUGCAGUCGGUUCUCUCCUCUUUCCUCUCAACAGCAGAGGCAGCAAGCUAGCAAAGCCCACUACAAAGCUGUUAGGGAAAGGGAUCAUGCUGGCUGAGGCAGCACAAGCUGGGACAGCAGAGAAGGGACCGAAGGGCUGUAGGGCUGAGGAAUGCUGUGGGACACGAUGCUAAGGGGCUGUUGGCUUCUAUAUAUGACAUGAUCCUUUUGACUUUGCCCUUUGCCCUGAGCCAUCCUCUUGAUCUUAUAUGAAGCUGCCCUCUCUUCUGACACUGCCAGCCCACAUUCUGCCUGAUGCUGCUUUUAGGUGCCUCUAAUCCAUACGGCCCAGUAAAGGUCAGCAUGGCUCUGCACACCCUGACAGAGGAUCAACAAACCUGGGUAUUCAAGAGGCAGACUCAUUGCUCGUACCCAUCAGGGCUUCCAGACAAUCACUGCGCACGUGGAUGAUGCACACAGCUGAGGUUACAGCUCCUGAGAUUGGGGUGGGAAGCAGCAAAUGGGAAAGUUUAAUCUGGGAAAGCUCUGCAUGGCUAAUAGGACCGAGCAUCCCGCCUUCUGCUCCAGGCUGGUUCUUUUAGCUCUUAUCUGCUGAUGUUCAGGGUGGGUCUGGACAGGUCUGAACCAUCUCAUCUGUUAAUGGAUGCUUGGAAGGAGUUCAGCAGGAGAGUAAUUGAGCAAAGUAUUAAAAAGUGCAUGCACUUAUAGUAAGCAUCUGUCUGUAAAUACAGGCAAACUGGAUCAGACCAGAAGAUGAUCUGGCCCAGUAUCCCUUUCCAGCAGUGACUAUAAGCAGGUGGAAAACCACAAGUAUGUGUUCCUUUCUUCCAGUACUCUCCCCACCUCCAACCAUCUUCAACUCAGACUGAGCCAGGCAGCCUGGCUGGAAAGCACAGUGGUGUUUUCCUGAUCCCGAGCCAUUUUCCUCGUGCUUCUGCUGAAGGAGAAGCGGGUCCUGAGCAGGAUGCAGCAGGCAGCAGGUGGCAGGGGCAGAGCCAUCCCCUCUCUGCGUCCCUCCCAAAGCAGGCUCAUGGCUGACUCGUACUGCAUGCACCGCAUCAUCGAGGAUCCCGAGUGGUGCCUCAUCACUGUCCCCCCACUCACAGAGCUCUGCCUGCAGCACAUCGUGCAGAAUUUCACAAACAACCCUGUUUUAGAUCGUCUUCCACCUGAGGACCAAAGGAAGGUGCUGGCCAGGCUUCCCACAGGCCUUCCACUCACUGUCACUGCCAACCUUAUAAGUGAUGAGGGCUACUGGAAGAGGUGCUGCACCGACCGCUGGCAAGUGUGUGACGUCUCCAACCAUGGAGGCAGCUGGAAGCGGAUGUUCUUUGAACGUCACCUGGAAAACAUCCUGAAAUGCUUUGUCCCCAACACCACAGACCCUGACCAGGUCCUGCAGCUCAUCCCGCUCUGCAGAGACUAUGUGCAGAAACUGGAGGUUGAUCAGUUCCUGCCACCGGUGAAGGAGGAUCAAAAGGAAGAGACAGAUGACCUUUCUGAUUCAGGGAGUGAUUCGGGGUUUGGUGAGGUCUGCAUUCAUCACUAUGACCUGGGAGCCCUCGUUCCUGCUCUCCCUCUCCUUGAAGAGCUUAAUCUUACUUACGGAGUGAAGGAUUGUGGCAUGAACUUUGAGUGGAACCUCUUUAAGUUCACCUACCAGGACUGCUGCAACCUGGCUGCUGCCGUGAAGAUGUGUCACAACUUGAAGAUUUUCAAGCUGACACGCAGCAACGUGGAUGAUGACAAGACCAGGCUGCUGGUCCGCAACUUGCUGGAUCACCCCUCCUUGGUGGAGCUGGACUUAUCCCACAACCUCAUCAGAGACAAGGGGGCACGAGCUGUCAGCAAGCUGAUCAACUGCAGCAAGUUAGAAAUCCUCCAUCUGUGUAACAACCAAAUCUGUAAUGAGGGUGCCCAGGCUCUGGCCCAAGCGCUGGCAAAGAACUGCACCCUGACCUCCCUGAAUCUGCGCCUCAACCACGUGGAGGACGAGGGUGGGGAGGCCAUGGGCUGUGCUCUGCUGACCAACACCACCCUGAAGUCCCUCCACCUGGGAGGCAACAGGCUGGCAGAGCCGACAGCCGUGGUUUUCUCCCAGGUCCUCACUCACAACUCCACCCUGACAUGUAUCAACUUCUCGUGCAACCCCAUCGGGCUGGAUGGUGGCAAGCAGCUGCUGGAAGGGCUCAGGUGUAACCAGACCCUGACUGAGUUUGAUCUCCGCCUGGCAGAGGUGGGCGAGGAUAGCGAGUACCUCAUCAGCCAAAUGCUGUGGGCCAACAGGGAUGCUGCCCGCCUGCAGCCUCUGCUGCAGCAGCCUGCUGAGCCUCUCUGACUGGACAGCUGCAGCAAGCAAGGAACUGAAGGAUGCUCUCGGCUCCUUUUGCUGCAUGCAGCAAGACUGCCAGCACCACCUAACCACCAUCCAAGCAUGCUCCUGGGCUGUGUGCCUCCUCUGAACUGCUUGGACACGACAAGAGACCAGCAGCCUAUUACCACCAGUGUGCGAGGCUUCAAAUUAUGGAGGAAUUGGUAACAAUUAAAGCCC